ACCUUGAAAGCAGCGGGGAACGCACGUGCAAAGGCAAAGGACUCGCCCUUCUGGUGAGUCUGUCUGACGCUACUUCAGUGCUUGUCGCUAGCCACCAGUAGAUCUACGUACCAGCCGCACACGAAACAAUACAAUGCAGAGCGCAUGAUGUUGCGACGUGGAUGGACCGGAAUGCUAGAUCUAGAAGGUCCGGCCGAAGUUCCGGAGAUAGCUCCGCACAUGGUUCGACACUGCUGCGUUCCUGAAAAUUAAUGAGUCGCUCUAUCGCUACUGACGCUAGCAUGUCCACCCAGUCACAGUGUUGAGAUCGGCUGUGGGUUCGUGCGGCGUUUGCCAACGAUGUUUGACUUUGAGGUCGAAGCCAAGAUGCAGGGUGCGGGCAGUUGUGGCUGAUUUUUGUUGUUAUGGAGUAACCACCGGUGCACCCAGGGAAAGCAGUGCCAGCUCUAGAGAGCGCGCACAUGCGGGACGGAAUUUCGUUCAUAGCCGUUCGGAUCAGUGCCCUUGUUUGGCGUCAUUCGAACGCCAGACGUGCCGGUCGGUUCGGAGAAAAGAAGGAGACGACCUACGGCACGGGUACGAGCUUGCAUGGCGUUAUCAAUGGAGGCGACGGCGGUGGCGGCGCGGACAAGCGGAUACGCCAUGACUGUGACAGGCGGCACGGAGCUGGAACGACGCUCGUCAUUAGCAUGCGCGUCCGGCCUUCAACGCGCUGCUGCUGUGACCUCGUUGGUGCGUUCGUCGCUGGUGACCCUGUGUAGCCAGGCUGAGCGAGUGUUGACAAGGUUUGGCGAUUUACCAUUCGCAGUGCGGAAUGUUGCCACCAGCGUCGUGCGAACGUCGUCGUCAGGUGAACGCGGUGUUGUUAGCUGUGCAUGUGACGAGCGGCUGGCACGUGGACCCGUCGCUAGUAGUGAUGGGUGGCACCGUGCAGUUCAAGGCGAUGAGCAGAGCGAGGGUAGAUCUAAAAUUUCAAGGACGGUUGACAAGGGUCCGCCCAAUCUUGCGAACUGCUCGUCGACAUGUAGCGGCCACAACAAUGUGUCGAAUGUGCAAGCUCGGCAUAAUACAGCUGUGCCUGGCCUACUAAAGUUCUCACCACAGGCCAUACACAAUGGCGAUGAAGGCACCAGUAAACAGCGGACAAGAUCUGCACAUUCAUCGCCUCACAGGCAUAGCCAUAGAGCUCAUACCCACCUGCAGCAGCAGCAGGGAGUGAACAAACUGGGCCUACUCGUCCUUGUCGUUCUUCUCCAGUCGACAUUGCCCAGUAGCAGGGGCCAGCCAGGUGGCUUGUUCGGCGGUGGUGGACACGCCUUGCACGGGGAGAACGACGGGGUGACGGCGUCGAAACAGGACUGUUCGAGGCUGUGCCGACGGUACCUGCGCGAGGCGGACAGUUACCUGGACGUGGACCAGCUGGACCCGGCGCAGCAGAGCGAGCGCUGCGACGCCAUGUACCGCCUCAUACAGUGCCUGGGCACGGUGGACUUCACGGCGAGCCGCACCGGGCACGUGGACCCGGCGCAUGGCAACUGCGAUCUGAACUUCGAGAUGCUGCUGGCGCAGAACUGGGCACUGGACAUGCUGCGCACGACGUGUGCCGGUGCAAUACCGCCGGCCGAGGACGCGUGCAACGUGUCCAAGACGUGUCCGAGCACGCGGCAGGGCGGCGGCGGCGCCGCGGACAAACGCCGUCAGCUGCCGGCCGCCGUGUGUGCCGCUCGUGCCCUGCACGUGUGCCAGCUGUUCGGCGAUCGUCACCUGAUCCGCACGGACGGCGUGCUGGAAACGUGCCUGUUGCCGGGACGAUGGCCGCUGGUGCAGUUCGACCGGGUCGGCGUGUACACGGCUAACACGCCGUAUUUGGACAAGCCGCGUCUGAACCAGCUGUACCCGAUGAUCAACGAAACCAGCAACUUGCAGAUGGUGGAGAUAUCCCUGACUCUGGACGACUACACCACCGUACGCUACACGGCUUCGGCCAGCAGCCUGUACCUGGUACCUCUGUUUGUACUAGCGGAUGGUGAGACUCACGUCAGCGAAGUGCGCCUGGACGGAAGAAGGGCUGAUGGUGAUGGUGGUGAAAAUGACGAUCAACGGGUGGCGCGCAUCUGGGCAGACGGCGAGAACCACCUGCGCACCGUGGAGAUCACGUUGCCGUGGUUAUGCACCGUGAUCGUCCUGCGCCUUUUCAGCCACAGCCUGACGGUGAGCAUCGCCAUGCCAACGGACCAGCGCGACGUUCUCCGUCGCCACGGCUUCCAGCUGUGUCGGCAGGGGUGCGCGCCGAAAGGAGCCGGCCUGGUGGCACGCUACGAGUGGACCGGCAGCAAGUGCUCUAGCAACGGCGAGGGCGGUGGCCUGCGUGAGAGCUUUAGCAAGGCCGAGCGGCAGCUCAACUUGACGGCUUCAACGCAGGCGCAGCACGAGUGCAUGAACAUACUGCAGAAGCUCGGGCCGUCCAUCUACCUCUCGGCAUGCCGAUGGGACGUUGCGCUGCGUGCGUCACGGCCCAGAGACGUGCGACGGCAGUUCUCCUGCGGCGCCGAGUUUGCAGCGCAUGACGCCGAGUGUCUGCCCGCGAUCGCCACGGGAGGUGCUCCGCCGAACAAGUGCAAGAACGUCAUCGUUUCACCACCGGCAGCAGCCACGACUGCGCCGGCAACCAGCCCAGACCCCGGUAAAACACCGCCACCGCCGACAUCCUACACGACGGAACGCUCUACGAGACGGAAUGAAGAAGCUGCAGGUCAUGUUUUGAAAACGGUGCCCGCGCUGGAAAAUUCAGUGUCGGCUCGCAUCUCCCCUCCAGAAUUCGUUGUUCUCACCAUGUUGGGCAUGUUAUUGCUGGCGACGGGCUGUGUAUAACGAGAUGUUGUGUGCGUGCGUGAUCAAUAGUCUCCACUCGGCGGCUGUCCAGAUGCCAAGUACGCUUUGCUCUCCGGCUUGAUUCCGAUACUGUCAUCAUAUUCCCUGUGACGUAUGCCAGCUCGGAGUGUGUGUGUGUGUGCGUGCGCGCGCGUGUGUGUGUGUGUGCGUGUUCGCGUGCGUGUACCAUGGACAUGCUCCAGCCGUUCAGGACCGACCGGUCAUCGCUGGACUCUGUUGAACACUCCACUGAAUGCCCGUGGACCAUGCAAUGCGUACAAUUAACGCCCCAGAACUGCCGCCAAGAUAUGCUCUGCGUUGCAGAUCGUACUCACAGCAUGUGGUGCAUGCGUAAGGACUCCAGCCUCGGUGCCUUGCAUCGCCACAUGUAUACUACUUGCUCGUGCAGUCUCGAUCAGGGAAGCCUUGGCUUUGUGACAUGCACUGUGUGGACACACAGUACCGUGCCGACCUGUACAACACUGGCCUACCAUCGGCCAAUGACGCCGGGAAAACACCGAGACUCACGGCACCGCAUUGG